AUGCGCGUGUUGGACUUGUUUGUCGUGGCGUUCACCGAUGUGGGCAUCAUUUUGGAAGAGUUCGUCCCCGUGCCCGUCAAUGUCCAGGUUCUGCGGCUCCUGCGGUUGACCAAGGUGUUUCGUUUACUCAGGCUUCUGAAACGCGCAGAACAAAUGGAGGCCAUCAUGAUUAUGGCUGCGGCCCUUCGGAGGUGUGUGGACAGCGCUUCUUGGGCGAUCAUCAUACUUUUUGGAUGCCUGAGUGUCUUCGCGCUGCUCAUUACAAGCAUCGUCCGCGACAGAUACUUAAGUGAAGACUCUUCUUUGAAUCAUGACCAACAGGUUCAAGCAUUCAAAUAUUUUGGUUCCUAUGCUCGAAGCAUGCUGUCAAUGUUCGAACUCGCGCUUGCAAACUGGACGCCAAUAAGUCGCUUUCUGACGGAGAACGUCCACGAGUGGUGGAUGAUUUUCCUGGUUCUUUACAAGUUGACAAUCGGUUUCGCCAUGAUUGGCAUUUUGAACUCCGUGUUCAUGCAAGAAACGUUUCAGGCCACCGAGCUGGACAACGACAUCAUGGUGGCAAAGAAGAGGCGGGCAGACGCUGCCCACCGCAAGAAGAUGAUGGACCUGUUCGAUCUCGCGGACCGCGAUCACGACGGGACCAUCGGCCGCCAGGAGUUCGCCAAGAUGCUCCUCGAGCCAGCGAUCCGGACGUGGCUCAUGUCGAUGAAUUUGGACAUCAGCGACGCCAACCUACUCUUCGAUCUGAUCGACGACGGCUCGGAUCCCAACGGGAUGAUCGACAAGGAAGAGCUCAUCGCUGGCAUCGCGCGCUUGCGCGGCCCUGCGCGCUCCAUCGACGUGAAGGCGCUGCGGAAGCAGCUGGAGGCCGCGUGA